CAGCGCAGCGCCGGGACCCCGGGCCGGCCGCCCCAUGCACCCGCCCGGCGCCCUGUUCGCCAUGGCCGAGGGCGCCUUCUCACUGUCCGCUCAGGCGGCGCGGAGCCCCGGCGGGAACCCGUCGAGGCUGCACAGCAUCGAGGCCAUCCUGGGGUUCACCAAGGAGGACGGCCUGCUGAACCCCUUCCCGCCCGACGGCAGCGCCGGUGGCGCCAAAGAGGCGGACCGGCGGGGACCACGGCACUGCCUGCCCAAGAUGCCCGGAGAGCCGCCGCCGGACGAGCCCCAGAGCCGCGCCGAGCGCUUCCAGGAGCCGUUCUGUCCCGGCAGCGCCAGCCCCGAGCUGCCCGCCGGCAGCGGCGGCGAGGGGAAGCCGUCGGACGAGGAGCAGCCCAAGAAGAAGCACCGCCGGAACCGCACGACCUUCACCACGUACCAGCUCCACGAGCUGGAGCGCGCCUUCGAGAAGUCCCAUUACCCCGACGUGUACAGCCGGGAGGAACUCGCCAUGAAGGUCAACCUCCCCGAGGUCCGCGUGCAGGUGUGGUUUCAGAACAGACGGGCCAAGUGGAGGCGGCAGGAGAAGUUGGAGGUGACCUCCAUGAAGCUACAGGACUCACCUAUCCUCUCCUUCAACCGCUCAUCGCAGGCAACACCCAUGGGUCCUCUCAGCAGCAACCUGCCCCUGGAGACGUGGCUCAGCCCACCUGUGCCCAGCAACACAGCCCUGCAGACCCUGCCUGGCUUUGUGGCCUCGCCGCAGAGCCUGCCCAGCAGUUACACACCACCACCCUUCCUGAACUCUCCAGCAGUGACCCACGCUUUGCAGCCCCUGGGUGCCAUGGGGCCGCCGCCACCUUACCAGUGCGGGGCCACAUUUGUGGACAAGCUCCCCUUGGAUGAGGCAGACCCACGCAACACCAGCAUUGCCGCCUUGCGGAUGAAGGCCAAGGAGCACAUCCAGUCCAUUGGCAAACCCUGGCAGACAAUCUGAACUCCCUCUUCAGCGCCUGGGAGAAACUCACUGGGAAGGCUGGUCCUGGAAUGUCAUGGGGAUGCCCCUGCCCUGGCUUCCCUGGACAGCCAGGCAAAAGACAGCUGUCCCUCACACCAGCCUGUCCCCUAUGCCUUGACUUGCUUUGUAUUUUGUGGUCCUUUUAAUUCCCUUUUCCACUCGCCCUGCAGAGUUAGGGCCCUGGUCAUAGCUUAGGAAAAAAAAAGAUCUCUUUUGCUCUCCCUCCUUGGCUGGAGACUUUAGUUGCAAUAAAAGCUGCAGUAGGGCGCAGAGCUGUGUAAGGUGGCUGGGAACCAAGGCUGGUGUUACCUGGGGAGGGGGUUCUGCUUUUGCACCAUUAAAUGGCACGACCGCGU